CAGUGGGUGAACUUCAGUGGCAUCGAAGGAUAACACAUAUCUCAGCAGCCAUUGGAGAAGUGUACUGCAGCAAUGAGUUCUGACUCGGAGAUGGCAGUCUUUGGAGAGGCUGCUCCGUAUCUACGGAAGCCUGAGAGGGAGCGAAUAGAGGCUCAAAACAAGCCUUUCGACGCCAAAACAGCUGUGUAUGUGUGUGAACCAAAGGAACUGUAUGUCAAAGGCAACAUUCAAAGCAAAGAAGGUGGCAAAGUCACUGUGAAAACAGAGUCUGGACAAACCCUUUCAGUAAAGGAGGACCAAGUCUUCCAAAUGAACCCCCCUAAAUUUGAUAGAAUUGAGGACAUGGCCAUGCUGACCCACCUCAAUGAAGCCUCUGUGUUGUAUAACCUCAAAGACCGUUAUGCGUCAUGGAUGAUCUAUACCUACUCUGGGCUGUUCUGUGUCACUGUGAACCCCUACAAGUGGCUCCCUGUGUACAAUCAAGAAGUUGUGGUGGCCUACAGAGGCAAAAAACGUCAAGAGGCACCACCACAUAUCUUCUCCAUCUCAGAUAAUGCCUAUCAGUUUAUGCUCACUGAUAGAGAAAAUCAGUCAAUCUUGAUCACUGGAGAAUCUGGUGCAGGAAAGACUGUGAACACAAAACGUGUCAUCCAGUACUUUGCAACAAUUGCAGUGUCUGGGGACAAGAAGAAAGAGGCUGCAGCUGCUGGUAAAAUGCAGGGAACACUGGAGGAUCAGAUAAUUUCAGCCAACCCUCUAUUGGAGGCUUUUGGUAAUGCCAAGACUGUGAGGAAUGACAACUCUUCUCGUUUUGGUAAAUUCAUCAGAAUUCACUUUGGAACCACAGGAAAACUGGCUUCCGCUGAUAUUGAAACUUAUCUGCUGGAAAAAUCAAGAGUAACUUUUCAGCUUUCAGCAGAAAGGAGCUAUCAUAUAUUUUACCAGAUUAUGUCCAACAAGAAACCCGAACUCAUUGAAACACUCCUUAUCACCACCAACCCCUAUGACUAUCCAUUUGUGAGUCAAGGGGAGAUCAGUGUGGCCAGUAUUGAUGAUAGUGAGGAACUAAUGGCCACAGACAGUGCAAUUGACAUUCUGGGUUUCACUGGUGAGGAGAAAAUUGGCAUCUACAAGCUGACUGGUGCUGUGAUGCAUUACGGAAACAUGAAGUUCAAGCAGAAGCAGCGUGAGGAGCAGGCUGAGCCUGAUGGCACUGAGGUUGCUGACAAAGCAGCUUACCUCAUGAGCCUGAACUCCGCUGAUUUGCUCAAAGCUCUGUGCUACCCCAGAGUGAAAGUUGGAAACGAAUUUGUCACAAAGGGGCAGACGGUACAGCAGGUGUACAAUGCUGUUGGUGCCCUGGCUAAAUCUGUCUAUGAGAAAAUGUUCUUAUGGAUGGUCCUCCGCAUCAAUCAGAUGUUGGAUACCAAGCAGCCUAGACAGUUCUUUAUUGGCGUGCUGGACAUAGCUGGAUUUGAGAUCUUUGAUUUCAACAGCUUGGAGCAACUGUGUAUCAACUUCACCAAUGAGAAACUGCAACAGUUUUUCAACCACCACAUGUUUGUACUGGAACAAGAAGAGUACAAGAAGGAAGGAAUUGAAUGGGAGUUCAUUGAUUUUGGUAUGGACUUGGCUGCCUGCAUUGAGCUUAUUGAGAAGCCAAUGGGCAUCUUCUCCAUCCUUGAAGAGGAGUGUAUGUUCCCCAAGGCUUCUGACAUAACCUUCAAGAACAAGCUGUAUGACCAACACCUUGGUAAAUCAAACAACUUCCAGAAGCCUAAGCCUGCUAAAGGCAAGGCUGAAGCCCACUUCUCCCUGGUGCACUAUGCUGGUACUGUGGACUACAACGUCAACGGUUGGCUGGACAAAAAUAAAGACCCCCUGAAUGAAACUGUUGUGCAGCUGUAUCAGAAGUCUGCCUUGAAAUUGUUAGCCUUACUGUAUUCCACCUAUGCAUCUACAGAGGAGAGCGGUGGUGGAGGUGGAAAGAAAGGUGCCAAGAAGAAGGGUUCCUCCUUUCAGACUGUGUCUGCUCUCUUCAGGGAAAACCUGGGGAAACUUAUGACCAACCUAAGAAGCACUCAUCCCCACUUUGUAAGGUGCAUUAUUCCCAAUGAGACAAAAACACCAGGUGCCAUGGAGAACCAUCUGGUAAUCCACCAGUUGAGGUGCAAUGGUGUCCUAGAAGGCAUCAGAAUCUGCAGAAAGGGGUUCCCCAGCAGGAUCCUGUAUGGAGACUUCAAGCAGAGGUACAAAGUACUUAAUGCCAGUGUAAUCCCAGAAGGGCAGUUCAUUGACAAUAAGAAAGCUUCAGAGAAGCUCUUGGCGUCAAUUGAUGUGGACCACACUCAGUACAAAUUUGGGCAUACCAAGGUGUUCUUCAAAGCUGGCCUGCUGGGUACCCUGGAGGAAAUGCGGGAUGAAAAAUUAACUGUGCUCAUCACUAUUACACAGGCAUUGUGUCGUGGUUUCCUCAUGAGAAAGGAAUUUACAAAGAUGAUGGAAAGGAGAGAGUCAAUUUUCACCAUCCAAUACAAUAUUCGUUCAUUUAUGAAUGUGAAACACUGGCCGUGGAUGAAGCUGUACUUCAAGAUCAAGCCACUUCUGAAGAGUGCUGAAACAGAGAAAGAAAUGGCCAACAUGAAGGAAGAAUUUGCAAAGUGUAAGGAAGAACUUGCAAAAUCAGAAGCUAAAAGGAAGGAGCUUGAAGCUAAAAUGGUUACUCUGCUCCAGGAAAAGAAUGAUUUGCAAUUGCAAGUUCAGGCUGAAACUGAAAAUCUUGUAGAUGCUGAGGAAAGAUGUGAUGGUCUGAUAAAGAAUAAAAUCCAGCUUGAAGCAAAAGUUAAAGAAUUAAAUGAAAGGCUGGAGGAUGAAGAGGAAAUAAAUGCUGAACUGACUGCCAAGAAGAGGAAACUAGAGGAUGAGUGCUCUGAGCUGAAGAAAGAUAUUGAUGACUUAGAGCUUACCUUAGCUAAAGUGGAAAAAGAGAAACAUGCCACUGAAAACAAGGUUAAAAACUUGACUGAGGAGAUGGCAACACUGGAUGAAACCAUUGCCAAAUUAACCAAAGAGAAAAAAGCCCUCCAAGAGGCACACCAGCAGACCCUUGAUGAUCUCCAAGCAGAGGAAGACAAAGUCAACACUCUGACCAAAGCUAAAGCAAAGCUUGAGCAACAAGUGGAUGAUCUUGAAGGUUCUCUGGAGCAAGAGAAGAAACUCCGCAUGGAUCUCGAGAGAGCCAAGAGGAAACUUGAGGGAGACCUGAAACUUGCCCAGGAAUCCAUAAUGGACCUGGAGAAUGACAGACAGCAAAUGGAGGAGCGACUUAAAAAGAAAGACUUUGAACUCAGCCAGCUUCUCAGCAGAAUUGAAGAUGAGCAAAAUUUGGGAGCACAAUACCAAAAGAAAAUAAAAGAACUGCAGGCUCGCAUUGAAGAACUGGAGGAAGAGAUUGAAGCUGAACGUGCUACUCGGGCCAAGGUGGAGAAACAGAGGUCUGAUGUCUCCAGGGAGCUGGAGGAGAUCAGUGAGAGGCUCGAAGAAGCUGGUGGAGCAACUGCUGCUCAGAUCGAGAUGAACAAAAAGCGCGAGGCUGAGUUCCAGAAACUGCGGCGUGAUCUCGAAGAGUCUACUCUGCAGCAUGAGGCAACCUCUGCCGCCCUUCGCAAGAAGCAAGCAGACACUGUAGCUGAGUUAGGAGAGCAAAUUGACAACCUUCAGCGUGUCAAACAGAAGCUGGAGAAGGAGAAGAGCGAGUAUAAAAUGGAAAUUGAUGACCUUGCCAGCAAUAUGGAAGCUGUGGCUAAAUCAAAAGCCAAUUUUGAGAAGCUGUGUCGUACUUUGGAAGAUCAACUAAGUGAAUAUAAAACCAAGCAUGAUGAGAAUUCUCGUCAGAUUGCUGAAAUAAAUGCUCAAAGAGCAAGACUCCAGACAGAAAAUGGUGAGUUUUCUCGUCAGCUUGAGGAAAGAGAUGCUUUGAUAUCACAGAUGUCAAGGACUAAACAGGCCUUCACUCAGCAAAUCGAAGAACUCAAGAGACAUGUUGAAGAGGAAGUGAAGGCAAAGAAUGCCCUUGCUCACGCCCUGCAAUCAGCCCGCCAUGACUGUGACCUGCUCCGUGAACAAUAUGAGGAGGAGCAGGAGGCUAAGACUGAGCUGCAGCGUGGAAUGUCCAAGGCCAACAGCGAAGUGGCUCAGUGGAGAACCAAGUAUGAGACUGAUGCCAUCCAGCGCACUGAAGAACUCGAGGAAGCCAAGAAAAAGCUUGCACAGCGUCUGCAAGAGGCAGAAGAGUCCAUUGAGGCUGUGAACUCCAAGUGUUCUUCUCUAGAAAAGACAAAGCAGAGAUUGCAGAGUGAGGUUGAAGACCUCAUGAUUGAUGUGGAGAGGGCAAAUGCCCAAGCAGCUGCCCUUGAUAAGAAGCAGAGGAAUUUUGACAAGAUUCUAGCUGAAUGGAAGCAGAAGUAUGAAGAAAGUCAGGCAGAGAUGGAAGGGGCUCAAAAAGAGGCUCGUUCUCUCAGCACUGAGCUCUUCAAGAUGAAGAAUUCCUAUGAGGAAGCUCUGGAUCAGCUGGAGACCCUGAAACGAGAGAACAAGAACUUGCAACAGGAAAUCUCAGACCUUGCCGAACAGCUUGGUGAAAAUGGGAAAGUUAUCCAUGAGCUAGAAAAGUCUAAGAAGCAAACAGAAGCAGAAAAGAUGGAAAUCCAAACUGCUCUGGAAGAAGCUGAGGCCUCCCUGGAACAUGAAGAAUCCAAGAUCCUUCGCAUCCAGCUUGAGCUCAGUCAGCUGAAGUCAGAAGUAGACAGGAAAAUCGCAGAGAAGGAUGAGGAAAUCGAGCAGAUGAAGAGAAACAGCCAGAGGAUUAUUGAUUCGAUGCAAACUGCUUUAGAUGCUGAAAUCCGGAGCAGGAAUGAUGCUUUGAGAAUUAAGAAGAAGAUGGAGGGUGACCUCAAUGAAAUGGAAAUCCAGCUGAGCCACGCCAACCGCCAAGCUGCUGAGGCUCAGAAACAGCUGAGAAAUGUCCAGGGGCAGCUCAAGGAUGCUACAAUUCACCUUGAUGAAGCUCUCAGAGGCCAAGAAGACCUGAAGGAGCAAAUUGCCAUGGUGGAGCGCAGGAACACCCUGAUGCUGGCUGAGAUUGAGGAACUGAGGGCUGCUCUGGAACAGACGGAAAGAAGCCGCAAAGUGGCUGAGCAGGAGCUAAUGGAUGCCAGUGAACGAGUGACUCUGCUGCAUUCUCAGAAUACCAGCCUUAUCAACACUAAGAAGAAGCUUGAAGCAGACAUCAGUCAGCUGCAAACUGAAGUUGAGGAAGCCACCCAGGAAGCAAGAAAUGCUGAGGAAAAGGCUAAGAAAGCCAUCACUGAUGCUGCCAUGAUGGCAGAGGAACUUAAGAAAGAACAGGACACCAGUGCUCAUCUGGAAAGAAUGAAGAAGAACCUGGAGAUCACAGUCAAGGACCUGCAGCACCGUCUGGAUGAAGCUGAGAAUCUGGCCAUGAAGGGCGGAAAGAAACAGCUCCAGAAACUGGAGGCUAGAGUGCGGGAGCUGGAGAGUGAGCUGGAAGCUGAACAAAGACGUGGGGCUGAUGCUAUUAAAAGUGUCCGCAAAUAUGAGAGGAGAGCCAAGGAGCUCAUCUACCAGGCUGAAGAGGACAAGAAAAAUAUUCUUAGACUCCAAGACCUGGUGGACAAGCUUCAACUUAAAGUAAAGGCUUACAAGAGACAAGCUGAGGACGCUGAGGAGGAAGCGAACACUCACCUGUCCAAGUAUAGGAAGGUGCAGCAUGAGCUGGAGGAGGCUGAAGAGCGUGCUGACAUUGCUGAGUCCCAGGUCAACAAGCUCAGAGCCAAGAGCCGUGAACUUGGAAAGGUAAAUCUGUAUUACUUGACAAGAUGUGUGGCAGCAAGUUUUUAUUCUUACAUAUCCUCACAAUACCAGCAGUCACCAAAAUUAACAAACAAUAUUGUGUAAGAAUUGGAAAAAUAUAGUAUUUGAUUAAAUUUGGUGCCGAAAUUACUGUAGAAAUUGAAAUAAA